AUGUCGGGCUUCUUGGCGAUGCCGAGCACCGCUCAAUGUAGUUUGACUCCCAGCGGCCGCUCCGCUCCGAUCCCUUGCGCCGCCGCAGCAACUGGUGUGAAUGGUGGUGACGGGAUAGCCCAAGGUUCCGAAUACGUAGUUUGGCACCCCAAUCAGAUCGUC